UCGCGAUCAGUGCUGCCUGCUUGCCGUGAGUUUACAAAAAAGCAGCAAUGCAGAAACAGAAAUCCCCCAAGUCAUGCCUCCCCAGCGCGUCUGCCACGGCCUUACUAAUCAUUCUACUGAUCGUCUGCCUCACUGAGGGCGCAACAGAACAAAGAAUUAAUAAUAGAGGUAGCAAGUCGUCCCAUCUAAUUCAGAAAAUCAACGGAUGGCGCAGCCAACGCGGAGGAUCCUGUUUAAGCUACGGACAUUCUUGUUGGGGAGCACACGGCAAACGAUCUGGGAAGCCGCCCGCGUCGGCUCCUGAUUGGUUCAUCACAAGGAUGUUACGUCGUAUGGCUAAUAAUGAAAUGCACAACACCAACAAUUUCGAAGUGAAACACGACGACGCUGACGACAUCUUCCGGGUGGUUAUAGACGACUCGUCGGCGAACAGCCCUCUAAAAGACAGUGAAGAGCUACCACUACAAAACUUGGACGCAGCAUCAAAGUUACCUGAAGCCAAACCGAUGUUGGACGACGAUUUACUCACAAAAAUGAAACUAUGGCAGAUAAUGCGAGUUGCCUCACAAGACCACUAAGCUACACAAUCGACUGAAGAGUUACUACAUCUUAUUUAUACGAAUACUCUUUUAUCAUCACCGUCAGUUGUAGGGCUGGGUUACAAUUGACUGUCUGUAUCAUAUAGUAUAAGAUUUCUGAAAACAUAUUUAUAUACGAACUAUACUUCAAAUGUCUCUGUUGGAAAAUAUAGAAAUAUAGUAGCUCAAAUAUAAUACAUAUAUGUAUAAGUACGGAUAUAAAAUUAAUAUACUUCAUUGUUGGUGUUAAAUAGGAAAUCUGUAAAAU